AUGAAGGUUGUUAUAUGUUUCCUACUUGCCCUAACCGGCGUCCUCAGUAUUGAUGUCAAGUCUCUACUGGAUACAACCUACACUGACAGAGCAGGAAAUAAUGUGACCUUGGCUGAUCUAUCUGGUAAAUACAUUGGACUAUACUUCUCUGCUUCCUGGUGUGGAAAUUGUCGAAUUUAUACUCCAAAACUGGUGAAAGUCUACAAUAAAAUACACGUGGAAAAGAACUGGCAGAUAAUCUGGGUUACCGAGGACCACGAAGAAGGACCAGCAGACCAGUACUUCAAGGAAAUGCCCUGGAUCCGACUCAGGUGGAGCGAGAAGGGUACCCGCGGGAAGAGCAUGUUUAAACUAUCUAAACAAAAAUACAUUCCAGCUAUGACUAUGAUCGGUCCUGACUUCAAAGUCAUUAACCCGGAGUGUUCUGACCAAGUUACUUUCUCACCGAACGAUUUUCCUUGGCCUAGGUGA